AUGGCAACACCAACGGUUCAGCGAAUUCUUUACUCGGCACCCCGAGAAGAAUUUAUCCAUGCAUUGAAACGAGACGGAUGCGUGAUUGUUCAGAACUUCACAGAUCUCCAAACUCUUGAACAAGCCAGACUUGAAGUUGAUCCUUGGUUGAACAAAAAUGACAACAGCCAGGUUGGAGCUCUUAAUGGAGGUACGAAAACAUGUACUCGCUUGAUUGGGCGAAGCAAGACAGUCCGCGAGAAAUUCUUUUCUGAUCCUUUGUAUCAGGAUCUCGGAGAAGAAUUCUUGGGCAUCACCACAACCAAUUGGUACAAUGAAGAGCCCUCGACGAAUACAACACAUCCUCUUCUCUCCAUCGCCAUAACCAUGGACACCCGUCCCGGAGCUCAAGCUCAAAAACUGCACCGUGAUGACAAAAACCAUCACGCGCGACACCAGAAAGUCGACACUUACCAUACUAACCGCGACAUGCUUCUGGGUCUAUUUGUUCCUGGCUGUGAUACAACCCGCGAAAUUGGGGCUACCAGAAUUGUCCCCGGAAGUCAUCUAUGGGGUGAUGAGCAACCAGACUUUGGACCCAAUGGCGACAAAGGCGUAAUCGAUGCAGAACUUAAAGCAGGUGAAGCUUUUAUCAUGCUUGGUAGUUUGUACCAUGGAGCUGGACAGUACUACAAGUCUACGGGCAACCGUAUGGUUCAUAUUAUGUUUAUGUGUGGUGGUAUUUAUCGUCAAGAGGAGAUCUCGUAUCUGUCGUACCCCAUCGAAGAUGUCAAGACGUACUCCAAGCUUGUGCAACAGAGACUGGGAUGGAAUCAAUCCGAACCAAAUCUUGGAUGGGUUGAUCUCGUCUCGCCUGAAGCUCUGCUGAAGUGA